AUGGGAUUAAGAGCGGCAUUUAAAGAAGAUUUGCAAGCGACACCAUCGGAAUUAAUUUAUGGGGUAAAUAUGCGUCUACCAGGAGAGAUGUUUGCUGGUGAGUUGAAGCAAGUAUCGCAAACAGAGUUUGUUAAGGAAAACUAUGAACGAACUGAAGCCAUUGCAAGCAUUGCAAUUGCAUUCCCAUUGCAAGUAUUCUUACGUGAUGACGCCGUGCGACCACCACUGAAACAGCCAUAUGAGGGCCCGUAUGAAAUUUUAAGUCGUGGUGAGAAAACUCUAACAAUAAGGGCAAGAGGGCGCACGGUGAAUGUCAGCAUAGAUCGAGUGAAACCGGUAUAUUUUGGAAAUGAAGCUGGUGAAGGUUGUUUGCAAAAUAAUGUCAAGGUGUUAGGUGGUAACAGUAACAAGCAGAUAGCACCAAAGGUGACUCGAGUGGGUAGAGCGGUGCGUUUUCCUUUGAGGUUUAUGAUGUAG